ACUCCGACGCAGCAUGCGCCCGCGCACCUCGAUCACUUCUUGAUUUUAUCGUGAUAAAUUGACAAUCCCUUGCAAACAACGACAUCAUAAAUUAAAGUACGAACGAACUGACAGUGGAAGUAUAGAAGUGGUGUUCAAUUAAUUUUAUCUUGGUGGAAUACCGGGAUUUCACGCUUAUAAAGCAAAGGUAUUCACCGAUAAAAUGAGUACGACCCUGUGAAUUUCGUCUCUCCAUUGUUUGCAUCAUGAAAAUUACCCUCUAGAAUCUCAAAAUGUAUUUCAAAAUGUCAUCUGGAGGAAGGACAAUGUAUCUCGUGACUGUGUUAGUGCUAGUGAGUGUUGUUGGUGCAAAUGUGAACUCUACGAGUGAAGUGGCAGGGUCGAGGAUGGCUUGGAUGAAGGGUCUGCUGGACCACCACGACUGGCUGGAGUUGUUUGCGAAGCAAAGCUUGGAUCUGCCGAAACAGUGCGACGAAGACCUCAGGGCUUACCUUCAGGCGUUAAACGCUGGCGAGCUGUGGGCCUCUAAAAUGUACGAUGCAUCUGGCCAGUACAACCCCAAUAUGCUGUUCGGCAACGAGUUCUGGCUGGGCUCCAUGAUGGAGUGCCGCGACCUGCAGCUGCCGCAGUACUACGACCAGGUGCCGCCCUUCGACGCCGGCUUCUACGUCAUCAGGAUCAACAUCACCAUCGACAGGGAUCACAUACCGCAGGGAAGAACAAUACUGGUGGGCGAGUGCUUACCAGCCUCAUGCGGGGUGGCGUCAGUGGAGCAGGUGGUGAAAGCAGCAGAGGGCGCCGCCGCCGCCCGCGCCGCCGCUGCCGGAUUGUCCGCGUCGCUGCGAACGCUCAACGUGCGGCCUGUGCCUGGGCCCUACGAUGUAUACGCGGACCGCAAGUUCCAGAUACUAGCCUCGGUGAUGCUGCUGGUGGCUGUGCUGAUGGUGUUAGGGUCGUUCUACGAAGGAUACUUGGAGAGGAAAUACCGGCUGCUGCACGAGGCUGAAGACCUUGAGCUGGCCGACGAGGUCCACCAUAAACAUCUGAAUAACAAUGUGCCGCUGGCCGAUGGGAAGGCGGUCGCCGACAACAAGGACAAAGACCUUCGCAGGGAAACUUGCGGUAUGCUGGCGGAACUCCUUCUAUCCUUUUCAAUACUGUCAAACGGACGUACUAUACUCAGCACGCAGAGGCCUAGUGAUGGUGCCCUCACUUGUCUACAUGGAAUAAGAUUUCUAUCAGUGAUGUGGGUGAUCAUGGUGCACACCUACCUGACGGUGUUCUUCAUCGGAGACAACAAGACCAUGCGAGUGGUCACCGAGAGGAACUUUUUCUACCAAUCAGUGGGCAAUGCCUCUUACUGUGUGGAUACAUUCUUUUUCAUCAGCGGGCUGUUAGUGACAGUGCUCUUCCUCCGAAGCGAGGAUCGCAAGAACGCAAGGAGAGCCGAAAAGAAAGACAAGCAAGAUAUAAACAAAAAUAUCAACGGUUUCACCAACUCCGCGCUAUCGAUCUCCGUGAUCAGCCAGCAGUCGUUCAAAGAAGACUUGCUUGACACGAAAGUCAAAAUCUACAGGAAAGGAGAAGUGUUGAGGAUAGUGAAAUCGUUUUUCGUCUUGUUCUUUUACCGGGUGGUAAGACUGACGCCCGCUUACGCCUUUGUGAUUGGCAUUACAGAGGUAUCUCUCAGGUAUAUCUACAACCAGUCGGUGUUCGACCCUGCCAUCCCGGACCACAUCACGUGCGACCACUUCUGGUGGAGGAACCUGCUGUACAUCAACAAUCUGUUCACGAACCGCGAGAUGUGCAUGGUCUGGUCGUGGUACAUGGCGAACGACACGCAGUUUUAUGUGGUCGGCAUAAUACUGUUAUUAAUUUCUGUGAAACAUCCGAAACUCGCAGCAAUAUCGCUCGGUAUGGUGCUAUUAAGUUCUUGGGCGACGACGAUCUACAUAUCGGUGUGGCACGAGUACAAAGCGCGGAUACAGGAGCCCUUCGAAAUGUUCGACUCGCUCUACGAUAAACCUUGGUCUAGGAUCGGACCCUAUUUGAUCGGUAUGAUGGUGGGCUGUUACCUGCACAAGACAAAGUGCAAGGUCCGCAUCCCAUACUGGCUGGUGGUGGCAGGCUGGGUGGGGUCCCUGGCCAUCGUCGGCAGCCUGAUCUUCGGCAUGGUGGACGGCUACUUCGAGGUCUGGCCCACGGCCUUCUACGUUAGCGUUGGACACACUGCAUGGGGAGUGGCAGUAGCGUGGGUGGCCAUCGCCUGCUGCUGCGGCUACGGCGGGCUGGUCAACUCGCUGCUGUCGUACCGAGGGCUGCUGCCGCUCAGCCGGCUCACGUACUGCGCCUACCUCGUGCACCCCACCAUCAUGGUCUUCACCUGCUUCAUGCUGGACGGGCCCUACCACCUGCAGAACUCCACUGUGAUCACAACAUACGCCGGUUACGCCGUGCUAGCGUUCCUGGCUUCCUUCGCCAUCUCCAUCGCGUUCGAGGCGCCGGCAGUGCGGAUCAUCAGGAUCAUCAGUGGGGGGCACAAGCACAAGAGCCAGUGAGCACAGGCUGUGGUGAUCAGUGUAGCAUAUCAGUGUCGGGCCGUGUAUUCACUCGUAACAGCAGAAAAUACUGUCAUCGUAGUACUCAAAUUAUUUGAUUUUAUUAAUGUGAAUUUUAGUCACAUUGUGAUAACGUAGCUUUAAUCUGCUUUUUAAAUUGGACAACUCAAUUUUUAGAAGAUUAAUCCUCCAGCUACUGAAUAUUCAGAUCACACAAAUAUUCGGAUUCCGCUGUGACUAGCACAAUUAAUUUAUGAAAAUUAUCACACAAUUGCUGGGAUAAGUUAUCUCUGUCUGUUACAAUGCCUGCAGUUGAAUACGCGGCUUAAUAUAAAGUUAAAUUGUAAAGGUUGUGUUUCACACCUCCACAAAUAUUUGUAUAAAUGGGUAGAAUAUAGUCCAGUAGCCUGGGCUGGCCUCAUAAUGAUGUAGUUAAGAUUGAAUUAAGUAUUACCAAUUAAACAGCAAGACAUAGUAAUGACGAAAAUAUUGAUAAAAAAUAUCAUAUGAAAAACAACAAA